AUGAGUUCCACAUCGCCUGCAUCUGAAAACGAAACCACACAACCCUCACAAACGCCGCCGAUCGAGACGCAGUACAAUUCUGAAGAUGACCUCUACCCCGACGUUCCGUCCUCUGCAGCGAACGCUCGCCCCGCUCGCAGCAAGAAAACUCCAAAGAAGGGAUUGAAGCAUCCAUCGUCAAAAGGCAAGGCCAAGGACACCUCUGACGAGGAAGACACAGGCGGUGGCCAUUGCUACUUGCUGGACCUUCCCUCGGAUGUCCUCCACCUGCUCCUAGUCCGCCUCCCACCUCGCAGCCUCCUACAGCUGGGAGCGACCUGCAAGCUGCUCAAUGAAAUGCUAGAGAGUGAGGCUGUCUGGCGUCGCUGCUACAUCAACAGGUUCCUGUACGAUGGAGCCGCAAACUCGAGUCGUGAAAGGGAGGAGAUCCGCGUUCUCGUGCAAGGAUGUAAAGGCGUCGGCGGACGCGGUUGGAAGAAAGAGGCACUGUCUCGCGAGGCCAUGAUUGAGCGCUGGAUGGCUUCUAAGUCUCCCAAUCUCGCCCAUAUGCCAAUGGUCGUGAUGGUGCACUCGAUGUCGCUGUCCUAUCCUCCGAACCUGAAUACAAAGCGCGGUAUUCCAGGCAAGGUCUCGGGAGGCUCUGGAUCUGGUGCUGCCUCGCCUUCCCCCUCGACACCCACCCCUGGCCAGAAACUCUCGCAUCGCCAAAAGUACGAGGCUAUGAUUGCCGUCUCUACCCGCCCUCCCCCCGUGCUUUACAGUGCUGGUAUGGAAGUCGGAGCUCUCGUGAAGAGUGACCCAAUCACUGGGAAGGUGUCGAAGGGCUUCUGGGGUCCGGGUCCCGAUGCUAUCUUCAUGCCGAAGCGUUCCCAGACUCACAUCCUGUGGGGUCUCAUUACCGGGUUAACUGUCCACACAACGAUUCAGUCGCGAUCCCACGCAACCCAUGGCGGCCGUGCGACAUCGGAUAACGUGACCUCGGCCAUCGACGACAUGCAUGAAGGAGCCAUCGUCUCUAUUCAUCAGCCAGAGUCAACAGGUACCGAUCCUCUAAAGUGGGUCACUGGUGGUGAUGACGGCCGUCUCAAGUACUGGCGUCUUAACCCUGGUACGGGACGCAGCGGAAAGAAGAGCGCAACGGACGUACCGGCGACGAUCACGUGUGUCUUCUCUUCCGAGCCUGUCGAGGAGCCCAUUGUCGAGCGUGUAGAGGAGAGCCGCCUUCGACAGAUGGCGCAUCCAGACGCCAUCAUCAAGGUUGCAUGUGACGUGGAGAAGGACGUUGUCUGCGGAGUCACAGAGGACGGCGAUCUGCGACUGUGGUUCAACGCGUCAACUGCUCCUCGCGAAGUUCGCGUAGACGUUGGCUCGGAACGAGAGCUCAGCGGAGUUCGGCAGCUGGAGCUCUUCUGCCGCGAGACGAAGGACGGAUUGGUCGCUUCGGUUUUGAUCCAUCACCGCAAGAACGCGAUGUUCGCUCGGUACGAUAUCUCUCUCAACGACAAUGGCAAGGAAACGAUCAGGACGAUCUUCUACAGCACCCCAGCCGAGGCACCUAUCACAGCUAUCAACGCCAAUCUUCUCCCCGUGCCGAGCAUCUCAAAGCCUCCCAAGGCUGAGCAGAGCAUGUUCGCCCGUAUCAUUACCCCGGCGUCCGCCUCUGCCAGCGCAUCGGGUGUCACAUCCCCCCUGUUGUCGCCGGACCCCGAGCCGAAGAAGAUACAGGAUGAACCCCACUUUGGCGGAUUCAUCAUGGGUGGCGACAAUGACGGCUAUGCUUACAUCUGGGAGUGGGAUGGCGUGCCUUACAACGACGUGAUCCAGCCGAUGAGGAGCUGGCAAGCUGCCGAGGGGCGUAUUACCGCCGUAGAGUACUCCUGCGGCAUUGCGGCCACGGGAAGGUAA